CGACAUGUCUGGUCACGCCGCGUCUUUGUCCACUAGCCCCUACCUGAUUGCCUCCAUCAUCUCGUCGGCUACCGGUACAGUGACUGCCACGUCGGCGUCGACAAGGAGCGCUGCGACGACAAAGGGAACCCAGAGCGUGAAACAUAAACCGGCUCACCCAGAGUACGUAUGGUAUGGUAUCCUCGCACUUCUUGCACUUGCGACCGCCUGCAAUGCCGGAUACUUAGCGUGGGCCGCCUUACGUCGGUAUCGAACUCGUCGUGCGUCAGACACCUCGACCGUUGUUUCCUCCCAGUCUCCGAGAAAGCCAUCAUACCGUCGUGUCCCGCAUGCAAUUAUUUCUGCGUCACGUAUCCUUGGUCUCAGACUGAGGAUCCCGUGCGUCGACAUGACAAUCAUGGAGAUUGUGUUCACCAUCCUGUACAUGGGCGGAUGCCUCGCGUUCACUUUUGCGCCGACGGACAACAUGAAGCCUGCCGUCAACCUGAUGCCAAAGUAUUGGGGUAAUGACGCGGGGAAGAUCGCUGCGAUCCAACUUCCGUUCGUUGUCGUGUUGGGCCUGAAGAACAACCCUAUUACUUGGCUGACCGGUGUGGGACACGAGAAGCUCAACAUAAUGCAUCGAGUGGUGUCGCGUUGCAUCCUCUUCUUCACUUGGUUGCAUUUGAUUGGAAUGUAUUACCGAUCUGUUGCUCUGAUGCUGAACGAGACAUGGAAAGUCCUGGGCCUCGUCGGGGCGGUCGCUCAGACCCUCACCACAAUAUUCGGCAUCAAGGCGAUCCGCCGAAGAUUUUAUGAGUUCUUCUUCAUUACUCACGUUAUCCUUAUUCUCGUCUUCAUUGUCUGCACUCACCUGCACGUCCGCGCGAAGGACUAUGCUGUAUACGUGUGGCCGUGUUACGUGCUCUGGGGCUUCGACCGCGCCGUCCGCCUCGGACGCUACCUCCUCUUCAACGUCGUCCUUCGCCCACAGAAGUUCACCGCGUCGGUCGAGGUCAUCGGCACCGACGCGCUGCGCGUCACGCUGAAGCGCAGGAUCCCGGGCGGGUGGACAGCCGGACAGCAUGUUUUCGUCGCGUUCCCCACGCUCGGCCUACAGUCGCACCCUUUCACGAUCAGCAAUGUGUACGAGAAGGACGCGGACGGGAAGGAGGCAGAGAUCACGCUUAUCGUGCGCACCAUGAACGGACAGACGAAGAAGCUCAUGGACCGCGCGCUGCCGACGGGCAGCUGCGAGCUUCCGGCGAUGAUCGACGGGCCGUAUGGACGUCCGGAAGACAUCCGGCCGUUCUCGACUUGCGUGUUCAUUGCGGGAGGGACCGGUGUCACUUACACGCUAUCGCGGAUGCAUCAGUUGUUCAAGGACAUCGGCGCAGGCGAUGCAUGUGCGCAGCGGGUCACCUUCGUUUGGACUAUCCGCACUGAGGAUGAGUACCAAUGGCUCGCGGCGGACCUCGAGAGAGUGGUCGCUGCAGCACCGCCCAACCUCUUCCUUACGGUUGACGUGCACGUCAGCGGCAGCAAGACCGCGCCGCCGAACCUCUCCCUACUCGAGCUCGAAAAGGGCGACGGCGAUGUGGGUAUCGACGUCGAAAAGCGCCAUUGGCACGACUCCUCCUAUGGGAAUACGGCGAGCUGCCCUACCUCCCCUCCGAAGUCCGAAGCGGACAAGUACGACUCGACAGCCACGACGCCCACAGUCUCCUCGCGGUCCGCGUCGAAGGAGGCACUCGCGUCGAGGGCUAUCAAUCGCAGGAGCGGCCGGCCGGACGUGUACACGCUCCUGGAGGAAGAAAUCACCACCGCACAGGGUGCCGUCGCAGUCGAUGUGUCUGGGCCGGACGGGCUGGUUGGCGCCGUCCGCUCUGCUCUCUGUGCGCCGUUUGCGGGCCCUGUGGCCGCGCUGAAGGGGACGCCGACGGUGAUGUUGUGCGUUGAGCAGUUCCGGAUGUGAUGAUAGUCUUCCUUGCCUAUCUUUUUGCAAGCAGCGUUGGGUGGUGUACCAGCAGGGGGAAAAACUCGGCAAUUUGACAGUUCGAGGAGAAUAACGUUUUUAAUGCUUGCGACGUUCUAGACGAGCUCUGGGCCCCUUUUUGUGGGGGUAUGGGGCAGCUAUUGGCUGUAGAAUUUGUAGAUCCCAUUGAAUAGACGCCAAAUGCGCUCCGAAUUAUAAUAGGGGACAAAGACCGUGACAGGACAAGGCAAAGUUUCCAGGGUAAGAAAGGUUCCAUAGCAAACAUCGACAGCAAACUGCGGGUCUAGAUCUAUGGACGUGAAUAACUUAUUGUCCAAGUGUAGGUGUGAAGGGCAAUGCUCCAAAUAUUAUGAUCUAAGAUACAAUGGGAGAAGACGACAGCGAGCGUGUGUGGAGAAGAACGAUGAUACAAGUCGUCAUAAACGUCAUGAAGGGGAAACCCGACUGGAGCGAAAGCAAAACAAGUGGAGACAGCACCGUCAGCUCAUGCCGACUGUGUCUGGGGCUUCGCCUGCGUGAGGUGGAGCUGGAUCUCCUGCUCCUCCUUCUGCUGCUCUUCGAGGAUGGCCGCCCACGAGUGGUCGACGCUGCGGUUGUCGUGCGCUUGCUGACGCUGGGUCUGCGUGAGGACACCAGCGGCGAUCAGGACGCCGAUGGUGAGGCCCUGGGCCCACAUACGGGCCUGCACGAUUUUUUGAGGGGUGCUUUGGUAGCGAUUGCGCAUCACGAUCGUGCCAGCAAUGGCCAUGCUCGCAGCCCAGCUCCCAAGAAUAAUCUUGUACUGGUUGCGCAUCGCCCAGUCCUUCAUCUUCUGGCCGUUGGUGAGGCUCUCCCAGCGGCUCUCCUCCUUGCGCUCGUUGUCGUCGAGCAUGGCCUUGGCGGCGCCCGUCCAGGUGGACUCGUCGUACUCGACGCCGCGGCGCUCGGUCUGGAUGGCGUAGCAGGGGGCGACGAUGAGGACGAUGCCGAGGGCCUUGAGCUGCGGGGGGAGCGCGCGGAAGGCGGGCCAGCGGCGGUUGAGGUACCAGGUGGCGGGGAGGGUGACGGCGAGGCUGCCGAGGGUGCCCUCGAUGGCGCCGCGGACGGUGGCGGCGUGGUGGCCGGCGAGCUCUUCCUCAGUUGCGAACUUCAUGAUGUGAGUGUUCUGGCAAGGGUAUUAAGAAAAGUCUGCUUGAGGCUAGCUCUAGUCGUCUAGUAGAGGAGGCUGCGGUGUGUAAAGGACUGGAGAGACC